ACCGAAGGCGGUUCGACUGAACGACACAUCGACAAAGUGACUGAGUUCUUCUUUUCUGUCUUCACCCUUCUGUCAUUCCACACUUCAAACUUCUCGGUAGCUCUUCCGUGACGGUGUUUUAACCGCGGCGGGUUCGCUCACGGUGAGGAGUUUGUCAACAGUUAGCCUCGCGAGCACAGGCUGAAGUAAACAGUGGAAUAACAAACGCUUUAAUAUGGCGGCGCCGCAGGAGGAGCUGGAGCUGCUGAGGGCGCAGCUGAAGGAGCGGGAGGAGCAGGUCCACCGGGCCGCCCAGGCCGGACUGGACCUGCUCAACCAGCAGCUGGAGCUGCAGACCCGGCUGGACGAGCAGCAGGUGGAGGCCAGCAAGGCGCUGGAGGCGCUGGAGCAGGACAAGUACUCGCUGCAGAAGGAGGUGGAGCUGAAGGCCCGCCUGCUGGAGGCGCUGCAGUCCGACCACGAGUGUGUGAAGAAGCAGCAGAGCCGGCAGCUGCAGGAGCAGCAGGAGCGUCUGGAGAGGAGCCACAGCGCGGCGCUGGCCGAGCUGCACAGCAAGCUGCUGCGGGUGCAGGCGUCUCUGGACGAGUCCCAGCUGAGCGAGAAGCAGCUGAAGCACAAGCUGGAGCUGCAGACGGAGACGCUGAGCCUGAAGCUGGAGGAGCUGCGAGCGCUGAGCGAGCAGGCGCACAGCUCCAUGAGCGCCGAGGUGAUGGAGGCGCAGAUCAAGAUGCUGGACCUGGAGAGCGCCAAGGAGGAGCUGCAGCGCUCGCUGCAGGAGAGUGUGUACCGGGAGCAGCAGCUGCAGCUGAGCAGCAGCAGCCUGCAGAGGCAGCUGCUGCACCUGACGGAGGAGAAGGAGGAGCGCGAGAGGGAGGCCGUGUCCUGGUUCAACGCUCUGGAGAAAUCCCGGGAGCUGAACCGAGACCUGCAGCUCCAGCUGGACCAGGUCCUCCAGGAGGCCCAGGACCCAAACAGCAAGGGGAACUCUCUGUUCGCUGAGCUGGAGGACCGGCGGGCGGACAUGGAGCGGCAGCUCAUCAGCAUGAGGGUCCAGUACCAGGCUCUGCAGAAGAUCCACGCCUUCAGCAAGCAGCAGAUGCAGCGCAUGAAGGUCCAGAUGGCCACCCUGAUGCAGCUGCAGGGCUCCAGGGCCGACCCGGCCCAGCUGGAGCGGCUGCAGGCCAUGCUGAGCCAGAAGAACGGCGAGAUCCACGGCCUGAUGAGCAAGCUGCAGCGGCUGGAGAGGCUGGAGGUGCUGCUCAAGUCCCAGCCGGCCAAUCCUGCUCCUCCAGAGGACGGCGAGGAGCACGACGAGACCUACUACACCGACCUGCUGAAGAUGAAGCUCAGCAACUCCGUGAAGGACGUGGAGCGCCUGGGAGACGAGCUGUCCCUGCAGAGGAUGAAGUCGCUGUCGGAGAGCCAGAGGGCUCUGGAGCUGGAGAGGAAGCUGUUCCGCUCUGAGCAGCUGCUCAAACAGACUCAGAGCGACAAGUUCAAGCUGCAGCUACGAGUGGAGGAGCUGCAGAAUAAAUACGAGCCAAAAGAGGCCAAGAAGAGCCUCCAGAAGAGGAAGAAGGAGAAGCUUCCUGUAGACGUCUCCACGUCCUCCGAGGACACCAGGCCGGACAAACCCAGACACACCGUCGCUACGGCAACGGACGAGACGGACGCUAAAGCUGCUGAGCCUGAAGCUGAAAACCGUCCUGAAGAGCCAGACCCUAAAGCUGACCUUCGACCUGCCAAGUGUGUGAGGAUCAGUGACAGCGAGCCGGCCGUCAUUCCAGAGCCCAGCUCCCCCCUCUCUCAGGUGGAGGAGAACCCCCAGCGGAGGGAUCAGAGGUGGAGGAGGCAGGAGGCGGUGGAGAUCCUCCACGUGCGCUCAGACAGCAGCCGCGAGAAUCAGUGUGCUCAGCAGUAGGACUGCUGGUGUGUGUGUGUGUGUGUGUGUCUCUGUGUGUCUGUGUGUGUGUGUGUGUGUGUGUG